UAAAACCCAAACCCCUACUAAAACCCUAACAAGUAACACCCUCUAUUUUCUCUUUCCCGCCAUCUUCAGACUUCAUACCCUUUCUCUCUACUCUCUCAUGGAUAACAACCACCGUCCGCAACGCUUCCAUCAAUCACGUGGGCCUCCACCACCACUACAACCACAACCACAACCACCUCAAGCUCAACCUCAGCAGUAUGAUCCUAAUCUUCUCCUCCUCCAAAGCAUGGGCAUGGGGAUGAAUUUAUUAUUCCCUCAAAACCAAAUUCAAAACCCUAAUUCAUCUUUCCCAAACCCCAAUUUCAACAAUAAUCUUAAUAAUAAUUUCCCUAUUUAUCAUAAUCACCCUGCUUUUCUACAACAUAAUACUCCCAAUCUAUCAUCAUCUCCUCAUUCCUUUUCUCACAACAACAACAACAACUUCAUCAACAAUUCUACUCAUAAUCAACAACAACAAAACCCCAACUUUCCUCUUCAGCGCAACAAUCAUUCCGCCAUCACCGCUGAUCGUAAGGUUACCCUUGACAAGAUUGAAGCCGCAAUUGCAACUGUCCGCCAUCAAUUCAUCCAAGCCGCCGACCAUAUUUCCUCAUCCAAACUCUUACAGUGCGCAUUGGUUAAGCUGCAAGCUCACUCUCUCGAUUCGUUCGGCUUUCAGCUCCAUGAAGUUCCCUCUCUCCACCAUCUUACUCUCAUUGAAGCUAAGAUCAAUGCCUUUAUUCGCUGUUAUGUUGCGGCGCACAAGAUUAUUACAGUCUUUGAUCUGCAAGAGGCCUUAUGCAAGAAUGAGGGUAUUCAGAAGUUUGAAGAGCUUCAGUUGGGCCCUUUUAUACGCCACCCUCUUGUUAUGCACUAUUUCGCUCUCACCAAAGAUGUCGACCAAGUGUAUAAUAUUUCAACCGAGGAAGUUGUUAAUCAUCUUUCCUUGUUUCUCUGUAAGAAAUAUGAUAAAGUUCAGAUUGAGGACUUCGUUCAAUUCCUUGCAAACCACUAUAAAGUGAAAAACCCCCUGCUUCUUGGGUUGCGUAUCAAGAGUUUGGGGAUGCACAUAGGUUUCCUACAGAAGGCCCGAAAGGCUGAAAGUAUUGUGUUGAAGAACAUUGCGAAGGCAAUGGAAGAGAGAUUGGAUAAGCCAAAGAAAAAAAGGCCGCUUUUCUCUUUGGAGAAGAAGGAGCUUGAUGAUCGUUUCAGUGUCAUGACUGAGCGUAUCACGGACUUUGCUUCUGGUAAUAAGGACUUCCGCGGCAAGCACAUACGAUUUGACUCAUCUAGUUCUGACGAGGAUCAGGGAACGACAGAUAAUUCUGAUAAUGAAGAAACAAGGAAUGACAGUUUUACGAGUAACCAGUGUCAGUCCUCAGUAAAAAGAAAAAGUGGAGAUAGGGUGAGUAGCUGUCCAUACCCAUCUGUAGCUGAAGAGAUGACGAGGCUGGGUUUGAAAGGAGAAAUUAAUGAUCACUCUUCUCCAUGCUCUGAGAGCUUAAAAAGCAAUCAGAAAAGCGAGCUUCCGAAAAAGAAAAGAAAAUUGAAAAGUCAAAGCCACGGGAAGGCAAUUCAACGGGGUCCUUUUUUACUCUCUGGAAGCACUGAGGAAAAAGAUCGAGAUGAUACUGAUAAUGAUUCUAUUAGGAUGUUCAUCACAACCUGGAAGGAGGCUUGCCGUGAAAACUCAACAACAGAGGUUUUGGUUAAAAUGCUGAGAUUCUAUAAGAUUUCAGGUCCACAAAGAAAGAAAAUUACAAAAGCGUUCUCAGCUCACCCACUUGUUGGAUUGCUAAAUGUUGCAGUUACAUCUAUUCGGAGGGGGAUGUGGGAUAGCAUGUACGAUAAAUUCCAAUUUAUGGGUGAAUUAGGAGAGGCAAAUCCUCAAGCUAAUGGGCUAACAGAAUAUGAAAGCAUUGAUAUUGAGCCUAUUGAAAAGGAUUCUAACCUUCUCAGUAGGGGUACAUCAAAGCCUGCUUCAUGUGCGAAUAUGGAGGAUAUUGUCAGAAAAGCCUCGGAAUAUCUUGCUGAAAGCAACGUGUUUUUUGGUGGAAGUUCACUUGUAGAUAGGGUACUCAUGUUUGCAAAGGGACUUUCCCGUUGUGAAGCUUGGCUGGCGGAGCAAUUUUCAGUUAAUGAUUUCAAGUUGCUUGGUCAUGGGGAUUUCUUUUCAUUCUUAGAAUGCAAUAUCUCCUUACUUCCUAAAGAACUUCUGAAUUUUAUAAGAGGGGAGGUACAGAAACACCAAUUGUUGGAGGUAUGCAUGAUUCAGCAACAACUGGCUAUGUUAUUGUCUCAAGCCUCAAGCAGUCUCUGGGAGGAAGACGUGGUUACGAAGGAAAAAAUAUCGGAACUGCUUGUAAGGCAGUUCCCUCUCGUUAGUUUCAAAGUUAUAGAAAGUGCUACUACACAAGAGCUCCUUAAUUUUGUAGAAAAGCAUAGAGGCAGAUUAGCAUCCAAUUGUGUUAUAUUCUCUGCAUCAUUGUCGGGCACCUCUACAUAUGUCGAUUCUACAGGUGCUGAUGUAAAUGAUAUGUGUGACAGUUCGGGGCCAAUUACAGAUGUGGCACAGAUUAAUGGUAAACUUGGAUCUGUUACAUCAAAGGAUGCCAUUAACAUUUUACUUAAAGCACCAUUUUUGUCAGAUCUAAACUUGUGGUUGCAUUGGGAUCUUGUAUAUGCUCCUUCACUUGGGCCUUUCCUGGAAUGGCUGCUUACAGAGGUCAACGUGGAAGGCUUGUUAUGUCUUUUGACGAGAGAUGGUAAAAUUAUUCGGAUUGACCACUUAGCUUCUGGGGACCUGUUCUUUGAAGCUUUACUUAAAGAAAAUGCUUACCAAGUGGCGGUGCAGCUUUUGUCAUUGUUUUCACUGUCUGGUGGGAAAAGACAUGUACCCUUGUCCCUUUUGAAGUGCCAGGCACGACAAGGAUUUGAAGUAAUUAUGGCAAAUUUCAUGCAAAAUAUGGAUUAUAAUGAUGGUCAGAGAAAUGAGAAAGCACCGAGGGAAAAUGAGCCCUUGGGUUGUCGUUCAAGUACGGGUAUUGUCAAGAAUUUUAAUGGGGUGAACAAUGCCAUGGUCCUUGUAUCGAGGAUUGUGAUUGAUUGCCUAGUCUUCCUGCCUUCAGAAUUUCGCUGUUUUGCUGCUGAUGUGUUGCUUGCUGGAUUGCAGUCCUUGGUCAAAGAUGCUGCUUCAGCUAUUUUAGUUCAAUGUAAAGGAAAAGAGCGUCUUAUACUGCAUGAAAUUGGUUUCUCACUGGGUAUAACUGAGUGGAUCCAUGAUCACCAUUCCGUAUGUCCUAUAACAGAUUUUAACUCCUUGAUGUCAUCUGGAGCUCCAUCGCUGACAUCUUUGCGUUCUGAUGUGAAGGGGUUUGACUUUGCCCAGUCAUCUAGUACAAUUUCUUCAUCUGCAGUUGACAAAGAUGAGCUGUGUAAAAAUGACAUUGAUACAUCCAUCCCCGUGGACAGCUCCGCAGCGCAGCAUUCUGAAAAUAAUCUGUCACAUCACAUUGCUGAACAAGGCAUCAAAGAGGCUGCACUUGUUAUUGAAUCAAUUAGGCGGGAUGAAUUUGGGUUGGACCCUAAUAUCUCUGACAUGGAGAGUAGCUUAUUGAAGAAGCAGCAUGCCCGUUUGGGGCGAGCACUUCAUUGUCUCUCAGAAGAAUUGUAUUCCCAGGACUCACAUUUCCUUCUUGAGCUGGUCCAGAAUGCUGAUGAUAAUAUCUACCCUGAAAAUGUGGAACCUACUCUGACUUUCAUACUUCAUGAUACCGGAAUAACUGUUCUGAAUAAUGAAAGAGGAUUUACUGCAAAAAAUAUCAGAGCUCUUUGUGAUGUUGGAAACUCAACCAAGAAAGGGUCUUCUGCCGGCUAUAUUGGACAAAAGGGAAUUGGUUUCAAAUCUGUUUUCAGGGUCACUGAUGCUCCCGAAAUUCACUCAAAUGGAUUUCAUAUGAAGUUUGACAUAGGUCAGGGUCAGAUUGGUUUUGUUUUACCAACAAUUGUGCCACCUUGUGAUUUUGAGAUGCUUAAAAGAUUAGUACCAGAAGAUGAUUUCCAAAAGGGUAAUUGUUGGAACACGUGUAUUGUGCUUCCUUUCAAGUCAAAAUUACUGGUUGGAUCAGCAUUGAGCAGCGUUUUGUCUAUGUUUUCGGAUCUUCAUCCUUCUUUGCUGAUAUUUCUUCACCGUCUUCAGUGUAUUAAGCUAAGGAACAUGAUAAACAACUCACUCGUCAUUAUGAAAAAAGAGAUAGUAGGAGAUGGCAUUGUCAAAGUAUCGCAUGGAAAAGAGGAAAUGACUUGGUUUGUCGCAUCUAACAAGCUACAUCCUAAAGUCAUCCGUCCCAAUGUUCAUAUGACAGAGAUAUCCAUGGCUUUGACACUUAAUGAAUCAGUGGAUGGCGAUUAUGAACCGUUAUUAGCUCAACAGCCCGUAUUUGCUUUUCUUCCAUUAAGGACAUAUGGCCUCAAGUUCAUACUUCAAGCUGAUUUUGUCCUUCCUUCUUCUAGAGAAGAAGUUGAUGGAGAUAGCCCAUGGAAUCAGUGGUUAUUGUCAGAAUUUCCUGCUUUGUUUGUUGGUGCUGAGAAAUCAUUUUGUUCUCUUUCUUGUUUCCGAGAAAAUCCUGCUAAAGCAGUGAAUGCUUACAUGAGCUUUGUUCCACUUAUGGGUGAAGUGCAUGGAUUUUUUUCUGGACUCCCUCGGAUGAUUAUUGCUAAAUUACGCCAGUCAAAUUGCUUGCUUCAGGAGGGGUGCAAGAACAAGUGGGUUCCUCCAUGCAAGGUUCUAAGAGGUUGGAAUGAGCAAGCACAGAUUCUGUUGCCUGACACUUUACUGUAUGAACAUCUAGGACUUGGGCUUUUACACAAGGAUGUGAAUUUGUCAGAUGCUCUUGCUAGAGCACUCAAUAUUGAGGAAUAUGGCCCUAAGAUAUUGGUUCAGUUCAUAUCCUCCUUGGGCCGAGUGAAAGACGGUAUAAAGUCAAUGGGUCUACAUUGGCUUUUCUCUUGGCUUAAUGAACUGCACAUCCAGUCUUACGCACCAAACUCAAGGAUUUCAGGGACGGAGAUGGAUCUUUUAAAUAGCCUAAAGAAAGUUCCAUUUAUUCCGCUGUCUGAUGGCACAUAUAGCUCGUUAGAUGAGGGUACCAUUUGGUUUCAUUCCGAUUUCACAAGUACUGGACUUGAUGGUGAACUUGGUUAUGAAGCUUUUCCCUGCUUAUAUGCUACAUUAAGGAUUGUUAGCCCAGCCCUCUUUUCUGAGGCAUGUGCUGAUGUAGCCUUAAUAAGUAAUUGUACAAGGAUGCUGCAAACAAUUGGUGUGCAGCAGAUGUCUGCUCACGAACUUGUUAGAAUUCAUGUCUUACCAUCUAUUUCUGAUGAUAGAUUGACAGAUAAAAGCAAACAGUUAAUGACAGAAUACAUGGCCUUUGUAAUGCUUCAUUUACACUCCAACUGUGUUGAUUGUCAUAUUGAAAGUGACUACAUUAUUUCUGAAUUAUGCAGUAAAGCUCUAAUUCUUACAAAUCAUGGGUACAUACGACCUGUUGAGAUACCAAUUCAUUUUAGCAAAGAAUUUGGAAAUUUUGUUGAUGCAAACAAAUUGAUAAGUGGUUUGGAUUGCAAGUGGCAUGUGGUUGAUGAUAUGUAUUUGAAGCACCCCAUUACUGAGUCAAUGCCAUGUGGUCUGUUGAAAUGGAGGGAAUUUUUUCAGAAGUUAGGGGUCACGGAUUUUGUCAAAGUAGUUCCUGCUGAGAAAUCUGUUGCUGACUUAUCUCCUCCUAUGCUUAAUCAGAUGAUUUGUGACAGGAAUCUCGUGCCCCCUGGAUUGGUGGUUAGAGAUUGGGAAUCUCCUGAACUAGUUCAUAUGCUUUCGCUGUUGUCUAGGGAUGGCAGCCAAGAGAGAUGCAAGUAUCUCUUAGAAACUUUGGAUCUCCUAUGGGACGAUCAUUACAGUGAUAAAAUUUUUGGGAGCUCUAGCAGCAACUCUGGUCUGAAUGAGUUUAGUUUCAAAUCUUCUCUGUGGCAUUGCAUAUCUGAUACUAGAUGGGUGAUUUCAAGUGUUGAUAAUGAACUUCAUCGUCCAAGCGAGCUGUUUUAUGACUGUGAUGAUGUCCGUUCAAUUUUCGGUUGUCAUGCUCCAUAUGCUGUUCCAAAGGUAAAAACUGUGAAAUUAGUAACUGAAAUUGGUUUCAAAACUCAAGUUACACUUGAUGAUGCAUUGACAAUGCUUCAUACUUGGAGGACGUCUGAGUCUACUUUCACAGCCAGCUUGUUGCAAAUGUCCAAAUUGUAUUCAUUCGUUUGGAAGGAAAUGGCAACAUGUAGGCAACAAGUGCUGGAUACUUUGAAUUCAGGGCCUUUCAUAUUUAUCCCUUGUGCCUCUAUCAAACUCUAUGAGGAUGUUGUGGCUGGUGUGUUCCUAUCUCCUGAAGAAGUCUACUGGGAUGAUUCUACCGGUGCUUUGGACUAUAGAAAGAAUGUCGAGUUCUCUCCCGGGACUAGUAGCGUUGCAUUGAGCAAGACCUUAUGCUCUAUUUAUCCAGGUCUUCGUGACUUUUUUGUGAACAAGUGUGGUGUCCAUGAGGCUCCAUCUUUUUCUCAUUACCUUCAGAUUUUGCAGCAGUUAUCCGGAAAUUCUUCACCCCGUCAGGCAGCUAAUGCGGUUUUUCAAGUUCUUCUCAAGUGGUCGCAUGGCCUGAAAUGCGGUGCACUUAGUUCGGAUGACAUAUCUUAUUUGAAGGAAUGUCUCUUGCAGUCAGAGUUUAGAAUUCUUCCAGCCUUGCAAGAUAAGUGGGUUUCCUUACACCCAUCAUUUGGCCUUGUAUGUUGGUCUGAUGAUGAUGCUUUAAAGAAAGAACUAAAGCACAAGGACAAUAUUGAGUUUCUAUAUUUCGGAGAGCUUAUGGACAAUGAAAAGGAGAUGCUUGAAACUAAUGUAUCCGUACUGUUGCAGAACUUAGGCAUACCUGCUGUUUCGAAGGUUGUCUCUCGGGAAGCUAUAUACUACGGGCCUGCUGAUUGUGGAUUUAAAAGCUCGAUGGUGGCAUGGGUGCUUCCAUUUGCCCAGCGUUACCUCUAUAAUCUACAUCUAGAAAGAUACAGUCAACUCAAGCAGUCUGAAGGCGACUUGCAUCACCUAAAAGUUUUUGUGGUAGAAAAGCUGUUCUAUCAUUAUGUCAUAAAGAGGUGCGACUAUUCCUCCAAGAAGAGGACUGAAUGCAGCUCCCUACUUCAGGGUAAUAUUCUGUACACUACUCGGGAAUCAGAUUCACACUCUGUGUUCAUGGAGUUGUCCCGGCUAUUCUUUGAUGGUGCUCCCGAGUUACAUUUGGCCAAUUUCCUUCACAUGAUCACUACAAUGGCAGAAUCUGGCUCAACUGAAGAGCAAAUGGAAUUUUUCAUCCUUAAUAGCCAGAAGAUGGCAAAGCUUCCCAUUGAGGAGUCUGUCUGGUCACUUUCUUCUCCGCUGUCUUUGCUGGAGAAUGAUGAAGCACUUACCGGAAAUGCUCUUUUAACAGAUACUAAUGACCAGUUAGCUUCCAAGUCUAAGAAAAAAUCAACACACUCAAGCUGGCCUCCUGUGGACUGGAAUACUGCACCGGGUUUUAGUUCUUCUCGUGCGAGAGGAAUGAGAACACAACCUGUGUUGAUGGACCAAAGUGGCAAUACAGAAUCGGUAAAAGGUCUUUUAGAGGACGUGAUGGAGGAAGAAGCUAAAGUAAUUCUAACAGAGAUAAACGAAGAUGUUUUUAUUGAAGAUGCUGGACUCAUAGAACCUGAUUCGUCUUUCCUUCCUCUUUCUGAAGACCAAACUGAUCAUGUAUGCAAUCAGCCUCGAGCUAUUGAAGCCUUAGCUGAUCCUACCAAUGUUAUAGUUGAGACCCUUUGCCCUGAAGAGGGUCAAUCAAAAAGCAGGGACCAACACCUUUCUAAUACCCCGGGUGCUCAGGAAGCUAUGCGAACUGGUAGAAUCGGAGAGCUGGUGGCUUUCAGAUACUUUGCAGGAAAAGCUGAUGGGAAAGAAGUGAAUUGGGUUAAUCAAGAAAAAGAGACAGGCUUACCAUUUGACAUUGUGAUAGGAAAUGAACAGAAUAGGGAAUACAUUGAAGUCAAAGCUUCUCGAUAUGCUAAGAAGGACUGGUUUGUCAUAUCAACACGAGAGUGGCAAUUUGCAACAGAGAAAGGGGACUCUUUCAGCAUUGCAUAUGUUCUUCUGUCUGGUCAGAAUCUUGCCAGGAUCAUUGUUUAUAAAAAUCCUGUAAAACUCUGCCAACUUGGAAAGCUGCAGUUGACUGUUAUGAUCCCAAAAUCUUAUCAAGAACCCUUUUAGUGACGUUGUCAUCUCUUUCAUUUGGUACCAGGUAACCUGUACAUGAUGAGUGAAUACACCUUACAAAAUCAUUUAUGCUGUUCAAGUUUACACCAAUGUGUAAUGAAAAAUAUGCAAUGUUCUCAAUUGAAGAACAUCAAUCUAUUGCUUUUGUUCAUCAGACGUGUCCUUUUGGUACAUCUUUUAGGUCACUAACUAGUUUUAAAGCCUGGAUUAUGCCUCGGAUAAUUACAUCUUUCAUUUACUAAUAUUUUACUUUGAAGUAAUAAAAGCAAAUAUCACUUGGUUUAGUGGUUAAGACAUUAGUAUA